GAAUAUGACAAGAGAGUUGGAAUUUAGCUUCCAUUAUGGUGGCCAUUUUAUAUUUUCUCCUUCUAGAAAAUAUGUAAGUGGGCAGUUGGUGAAAGCAAGUAUUGAUAUUGAUUUCAUAGCUUUCUUUGAUCUGCUGGAUGAAAUGAAAAAGCUUUGCAACUUCAAUAUUCUUGAGGGAGAUAAAUUUGUUUAUUUGAGAGGUGAUAGAGUUAUUAGUGAUUGUGAUGGGUUAUUGGAAUAUCGUGACGAUUCAAAUGCUAAGAAUAUGCUUCUCAGUUAUGAGAGGCAUAAGGAUAAGUCAAUUGAUAUUUAUACCCUCAGAAAAAAUGAUAUUUUUGUGAGUUCUUUUCUCGGAGAAAAUAGUUCUAGGGAGAACUCGUCUGAACAAGUGAGUGAAACAGUUGUGGAAGAACAUGAAUCAGCAAAUUCAAUAGGUACUAACGUCGUGAAAAGAAAAACCAGAGGGCCUACACGAUGCGUGACGAUAAUCAAUUUACAGGAAGGACAAAAAUUGAUCGUUCAAUUUGAUGAGGAUCAUCAAGCUGUUGGCGAGAAUGCAACCGAUUUUACUUGCUUUUGGGUCAAACAGUUAGAAGCCGAACAUGUUGCCCAUUAAAAGUAAAUGGUUGGAAAGAAAUAGAGCAAGACAAGAUCGACCAUAUGUGGGACAUUAUCUUGGAAAAGUUUAAUUUUGAUGUCUCCAAGGGAAGAAAAGGUGCAAUUCUUGGUCAUAUGAGUGACCUCUACAUAGACUAUAGGCACAAGUUGAAAAAUAAGUAUUUUGAUUCAAAAGCAACUUAUCAACUUCGCUUACGGAAUAAGCCUAAACUUCUCAUUGUAGAUGAAUGGAAAUAUUUGGUCAACCUUUGGAGCGGUGAUGAUUUUCAGAAGAAAAGCACGCAAAACAAGAUAAAUAGAUCGAAAUGUUCCUUGCCUCCAUAUAGUGGGACCAAAACUUAUGCAAGACUUAGAUAUGAAAUGGAGAAAAAAAAUGGAAAAGCUCCAUCCCGUGUUGAAGUUUUUUUGGAAUCUCGCAAGAGAAAAAAAGGAAAACAAGUUGAUGCUUUCCAACAAAAUGUUCAAUUUGACCAAUUAAAAGAGCAGCAAAAAGAAGGAGAAAUUUCUUUAAAUGAUGAUGAUAUCUUUGAAAAAGUAUGUGGGGCAGAAAAAUAUGGAUAUCUUCGAGCAUAUGGUCUCGGAAAGAAUAUCAGUGAAUAUUUUGGAGGUAGACCAACAAAGAUACAACUUAUAAACAAGUAGAAUUGACCAGAAAAGAAGCAAAUGAGCGUGUGGAAGAAGUUAAAAGGGAAGCUAAGAAACAACUCGAAGAAGUUAAAAGGGAAGCUGAUGAAAAAAUUGAAAAAAUCAAGAAAGACACUGAUAAUAAGUUAGUGGAGAUGAAAAAACGAUGGGAAAUGUUUUUUCAAAUAAUGCUUGCUGCUUGAAAUCGACGGCCAAAUGAUGCAAAUCAGAUCGUUAUGGAGUAGGGAUGGAAGUAUCAAGAUUGAGAGGGAGAUGAAUAAUUAUUAUUUCUUUUGUAAAAGCGCACUAAUAUGUUUGAAUAACGUAAUACUCCACUGUUUUGAAUGAUAUUAUUGAACAUUUAUUAUUUUUUUUAACAUUGCAUUUAUUGAA